AUGGGCAAAUCCUGGAAACAAUUUUUACAAUCUCUAAUCAAUCUUAAGACAAGAUAUCGCUGCUUAGAAACGGUCCACUGUGAUAUUCGGACUAUAAUUAUCCGCGACGCACGAGCAGCAGCUAUGGACACAAGUCCGCUCUGCGACUUCUGCUGCAAACUUAACUUCCACAGCCUCGUGAGACGCGCGCGAAAUCCCGAGGGGCCAGGAAACAAUUAUCAAGAUCAAUACGAUCGAGACGAUCAGAAAGUUUACGGCGAGUCAGCUGCAUCAUUCUCGUAUGUCAAGGAUAUUUACACGAGAAGAUCACGCUGUAAGCUUUGCAAUAUCGUAUCGAAACGCUUGGAGGCAUUUCAUGCAGCGGACGAGGACGAGUGUUUUGUCUCAAGUGAAACUUUCUGUGGGAAGUCGCUUGAAGUCAACCCAACACGAUACACACAACGGAUGUCCUUUACACUUGGCCGCAAAUCUUCGGAACAUGAAGGGGUUAUUAAGGGCAGGCAUAAGCUUCUCUAUGACUGUCAAGAUCUGCUACAACUACAGGCUUGUUGCAAGUCUGUUCCUACAGUUGCAGACGUGGCUGGGACUCCACCCUUUCGACAAGUUGACGAUUCGCGUUUCAGAGGUUCUAAGUUUGCCGGUCAGACACAAGACGAGAGGCAAGACGUGUUUCUUUGGGCAGCUCAUCUCGAGCUUAAGGACAUUCAAGAAGGAUGUCUGUCGCAGGACGACUGUGUUCUCAUUGCUACCCACUAUAACACGUCGGACGACCCGAGAUUCUCAGGUCGAAUCAUCGGUCAUGGACCUCUCGACCUAAACCUUGUCAAAUUCUGGCUUUCGACCUGCGAAACAUCUCAUACUAUAUGUGAGAAAUUGCCCAGGGUGGAUAAUAGUAUGCCUGAUUUGAACUGCCUCCUCGUUAUCGACGUUGUUCAGAAAUGUGUCGUUGAGGCACCUUCAAAAUGUCGUUAUGUAGCGCUGAGCUAUUGUUGGGGGACUGUGCAAGUACUAAAACAUCAGCAAUGA